GAUGAUUGAAUAUAUAUAGACCGAUAGAAAGAGAGAGUUGAAUACCAGCUCACGCAUGCGUGCUCGAUCCAUCACUUCUUUUAUUCAAUUCGAUCCCUCUAAGCUACCACGCUCAUCCAUGUGAUAGAUUCUUCAUCCAAUCAUACAUACCAUUUCUUCUGUGGGAUAAUAUAAACAAUUAAUUACUAUGGGGUUGAACACACAGCAGGUUCCCGGCGAUCAUCUUCUUCCCCCAGCUCCGGCGUCAGUACAGAAACAACCGCCACCUAAACCGCCGCAGGAUCAGCCUUUGAAGUGUCCGAGGUGCGCCUCAACAAAGACCAAGUUCUGUUACUACAACAACUACAACAAGUCUCAGCCCAGGCACUUCUGCAAAGGCUGCAAACGCCACUGGACGGCCGGCGGCACCCUCCGCAACGUCCCCGUCGGCGGCGGCCGCAAGAAUCACGGUUCUAAUUUUCACAAGCGCCUCAUCAAGACUGAUAAACGUGCUCCCGCCGCGACGUGUGAUCAAGAACCACCGGCCAGUACUGAUUCAAUUAACGGCGUGACGAUGACUAACGUUGACCCGUCUUCGCCGUUACUUCCACGUGGCAACGAUAUAAAAGUCCCGCCUUUUCCGGUCCAGAGCUCUUUCUGCUACUUUGAUAGCGAUAUAAUCCAUAAUUGGGUGGAGGUAACACAAUUAGAGCAUAAUAAUUUUUCUUCUUUGGGUAAUUAUGCAUAUAAUGACAUCAUCGGAGAGUUUGAUUAUGCCGAGGAAUCAGCAAUUACAACGUUAAUGCCAUUCACAAGCUCUAAUAAUACCAUUCUUUCUCAUCAGUCAUGGAAAGACGAGCAAGAAGAAGGAUUGGAUAUUACCACCUUGUGGAGUUUAAGUGAUAUAGAUUCUCUUGUUUCUGCCGAUCUCAAUAAUACUCCAUGGGAUGAUUUAGAGAUCAACCCCAAGGGAAAUUCGUAGUUUUUUUUUAAUUUUCCAAUUCUUUUUUUAUUAUCAUUUAUACUAAUAUACAAAAUUAGAAAAAAUAAACACAUUUCCGACCAAUUUAGGUGAUUGGUCAGCGUGAAUUAGUUGGAAAUUUUAGCCUACUGAUUCAAUCAUUCAUAUAAUUAAACUGUUGUGAACGGGUUGUAUUGCUUUGUAAUCUUUUGUGAUAUAUAUAUAAAUCCCGACAUUAAUCCA